AUGGCAAACAACCGUAAUUUAAUCUGCUUCGUAGCCGUAUUAGCGUCUUUUACACUCGCCAGUUCCGGCGAACCUCCUCUCUUAUUCACGUUCGGCGACUCUUCCUACGAUGUUGGCAACACCAAGCUCUUCUCGUCUGAGUUCGAUCCUGCCACCAUGUGGCCUUACGGUGACUCCGUCGACUAUCCAUCUGGCCGGUGGUCCGACGGCGCCAUUGUCCCCGAUCUCGUCGGCCGGUUGAUUGGUAACGGCGAACCGGUUCCUCCGGUUCUUGAUCCAAAAGCCGAUCUUUCUCGUGGAGCAAGCUUCGCCAUUUCUGGAGCUGUUGUUCUUGGAUCUCGACCUCAGACUAUGAGUUUGGGACAACAGGUAUCGAAAUUUACAGAGUUGGAGAAGAAAUGGAGCGACAAAGAGAGAGCAGAAGCUAUAUACAUGAUCAACAUCGGAGCUGACGAUUACUUGAGUUUCGCAAAAGCUCAUCCAAACGCCAAUCUCGGGGAGCAGAUUGCUCAUGUUGCCAACGUUCUCCAAAAGCUAUCCAGAGAACUAAUGAGUUUGUACGAUUCUGGGGCGAGGAAGUUUGCGGUACAGAACUUGGGACCGCUCGGGUGUUUACCGACAGUGAGACAAGAGUUUAAGACAGUGGCACGCCGUGGCUUACGUUACAGCCUCUUUGAUUUCUACGGUGAGAUUCAACGGAGGAUCAAUGAACCAUCACGACACGGUUAUACUGAUACAACGACCUCAUGCUGUGGUACUGGGUCGAGAAAUGCGUUCGGAUGCGGUUACGCAAACGUGCAUUCGAAACUAUGCAGUUACCAGAAAUCGUUUCUGUUCUUCUACGGGCGUCACAACACGGAGAAAACGGAUCAAGAUGUUGCUAAGCUCUUCUGUUCCGGUGACAACCAUGUCGUCUCUCCGGUUAACAUAAGGGAUCUUGUUGGUAAAUCCAUGACUAAUCUUCCUGCGCAAGAAAUCUAG